GUAAUCUGUAAUUGUAAACAUAACCAAAAAAUUUUAGAUUGACGACUUAACAAGCUAAUCACAACUAUUUAUUUCUUGGUACAUAUUCAUAAUUAACUUCUCAUUAGUUUCACCGAUCAAUCUCCUUUGUGCCUUGUCCAUCUACAAGACAUUACCUUGUGCCCAGUUGGCACAGACAAAAGCCAUAAACGGGAAUUAGAUUGACAACAAAUCCAAAAGUGACUACAGUUUACAACAGUGUAUUAGUUAGGAAAUUAACGGCAGUAAUCAUUUACUUUAGGUGUGUGCUACUUAAGUAAGACUUUACCUGUAAUAAUAAAGAGCGAUAAUAGAGAACAGCGCAAAAAAUGCCAGAGGACACGAAGAAAAACCAACAAAAGGGUAAAAAUGAGCCUAAGGAUCAGAGAAAACGUCGAGGCCGGCAGCACGCUGCUGCUGUCGAGAAAAAAGUUGAGAAGGAGCCUGAACUACCUGAAGUUACAGCCCCAGAAAAGCCAGUAUUUGAACCGCCGCCACCAGAAUUCUAUCAAAACUUAAAGAGAGAAACUGAUGAAAUACUCAAAAUUACUGAAGAAGCCAAUACUAAAUACAAGAAGAAGGAAAUACAAAGCAAUUGGGCCAAGUAUGAAAUGCCAAUUGAGAGCUAUGAAGAAAUUGAUGAGCAAGAGAACUUGGGAGCUGAUUAUGAGACUCUCAUUCAAGCACCUCUCACGGUUGGUGGUCAUUUUCAAUUUAAGCAUGAGAAAUCUUGGGAUAUAUCCACUGGCCCCUCGCCAUAUGACAAAUAUUUUGAUAUCAACAUGGAUAACUUAUCCAUAGCUCUCUCUACCAUACCGUUUUAUGAGCGAAACAGUAUUGACACAUCAUUCUUUAAUGAGAGUGAUAUCCAAACUAUGAUUCAUAGAGCAAGUAAAUAUAAACAUAAAUACUACAAAGAUAAAAAGUUUGUCACACCUGAAAUAGAAGCUGAGGCUAAAAUAUUAAACAUUUUAAAAUCGGACGAUAAUGUUGAUUCAAUUGAAACAAUAGAGACUGAUGAGAAAGCCAAUGAUGAUAAAAACAACCAAAUGCUCAAUCAAUUUCAAGAUAUUAAACUAGAAGAUUGUGAAGAGCCAGAUAGUAAUAAAGCAAGUGAGGAGAAUCAAAAGCCUGAACGCAAUGCUAUUAUUGAACCAUCACUUGUGGAUACCGUGAAAUCAGAAAAUGAAAGCUCGCAACCUGUAGAUCAUUCAAACUUAACUGAAGACAAAGUAGACAAGGAAACAGGAAAUCUUAAAAUUUCUAAUACCGCUAAAAAUAUUGAUGGUGAUAAUAAAAUAGACAAUGAUUUCAAUGAAUUUUUACAAAAUGAUGAUCUCAAUAAGAAAAGCAAAGUUGUAGGUAAACCAAGGGUUGAAAAGAAACAUUUAGAAGAAGUUAUGAAGCCAGUUGAUCUUAUACCAAAGCAAAUGGAAUCUCCUAAAGCACCUAAUCCUAUGAAGAAUCCAGUAAUAGAAUCUCCGGAAGACCUCGAAAAGUGGCUUGAUGACUUCUUAGACAGCUGAAGCAAAAAUUCUUAAUCUACUGUGAUAUUGUGCUUAUACAUUUAAACUAUUAUCUAUUUAUAUUUAAAAGGUGUAAAUUAAACAAAUUGUUAAUCGA